AUGGCCGCAUUGGGAGACAUGAAAUUAGGGCUUAGGGCUAUUUUAGUCAACUGGAGUCGUCCACGACUUACCAACACCCAAACCACUACAAUGCCGCACUCUAUCUCUCCUGAUGGCUCCCCCAAGGAUGAUGAGAUUCUCCCAGAUGCCCCUGAAAUAACCACAGCGCCUAAUGCCUCCGAUAACAAUGCGACCCAGACUGCUGCUGGGGGGGAUGUGAAACUUGAAGACCUAUUCAAUGAUGACGACGAAGAUGAUAACGAAUACCCGGCAUCCAGUGUGCCAGACGCAAAUAAAGCGCCGUCACCUCAAAAUGUCGAUAUAUCGGCACAUCAAGCGUCCCAAGUAGAUCCAGACAUCAUGCUAGCUUUCUACCAGCGCCUUUUUCCAUUUCGCUACCUAUUUCAGUGGCUAAACCAUGGGAUAGUCCCUUCGGCUGACUUUGGGAACCGGGAGUUUGCUUUGACGUUGCAGAACGAUGCUUACCUACGUUAUCAAUCAUAUCCAACCGCAGACCUGUUUCGCAAAGAUAUCCUAAAAAUCAACCCCUCUCGUUUCGAAAUCGGGCCGGUCUAUAAUGCAAACCCACGGGAUAGAAAGACAAUGAGGGCUGGCCAGCUCAAACCUGUUUCAAAAGAAUUGGUGUUCGAUAUUGAUUUAACAGAUUAUGAUGAUAUCCGAACUUGCUGCGAGGGGGCUAAUAUUUGCGAAAAAUGCUGGGCCUUCGUGACUAUGGCUAUUAAAGUUGUCGACACAGCCUUGCGGGAGGACUUUAACUUCCAACACAUUCUCUGGGUUUACUCUGGACGUCGUGGGGCUCACGCCUGGGUUUGUGACCCAAGGGCUCGCAGCCUUCCAGAUGACCGGCGAAAGGCUAUCGCAGGCUACCUAGAUGUCAUCCGAGGCGGGUCGCAGAGCGGUAAACGAGUGAACCUCAAGCGCCCACUUCACCCUCACAUGGCUCGCAGCCUGGACCUGCUAAUGCCACACUUUGCUCAGACCACCCUUAUAGACCAAGACACAUUCUUGAGCUCGGAGCAAGCACAGCGCCUAUUAGCACUGCUCCCUGACAAAGACUUGAAUGAUUCGUUGCGCCGAAAAUGGGAUUCAUCGCCGGGCCGCUCCAGUACCAGCAAAUGGGCUGAUAUCGACGCCCUUGCAAAGGCCGGCAAGAGCUCUACCCUGAACCCAACUGCGCUGCGGGAGGCGAAACAAGACAUCGUACUCGAAUAUACUUACCCGCGCCUGGAUUCCGAAGUCAGCAAGAAAAUGAUUCACUUGCUCAAGAGUCCCUUUGUUAUCCACCCCGGAACCGGACGUGUCUGUGUUCCUAUUGAUAUGAAGAAUGUCGCGCAAUUCGAUCCCCUUUCGGUGCCUACCGCCUCGCAGGUGCUCUCAGAGAUUGAUGCCUGGGAUGCGGAACAUCCCGGCAAUGGCAUCCAAGAGCCCGUGGAGGGAGAAGGCAGCGUUCCCAACGACUCAGACGCUAGAGGGAGUCGCAGAUUACAAGACUAUGAGAAAACCAGCCUCAAGCCGUAUGUGGACUAUUUCCGGUCGUUCAUUGCGGGGCUUCUCAAGGAAGAGCGCAGCGGCAAACGGGAGCGAAAUGACGAUGCAGAAGUCAAGACCGAAAGUAUGGAAUUUUAAGCUAUGUUGUUCAUGUAUUUGGCCUCUUUCGUCUCCU